GAUUGAUGUCUAUGGAGUGUAUGGAGCUGCCUUUCUGUGGUCUGCUCUUCCGACAGUUUGUAAGAAGAAAAAGUUACCGCUGAAUCGAAGAUGCCACGAACGAAACAGAUUCACCCGCGAAAUCUAAGAGACAAAAUUGAAGAAGCACAGAAAGAACUGAAUGGGGCAGAAGUUUCAAAAAAAGAAAUCUUAGAAGCUGGUCUUAAAGGAACUUCAGAAUCACUGAAAGGUGUGAAACGGAAAAAGAUUGUAACUGAGAAUCACCUGAAAAAAAUACCAAAAUCCCCACUGAGAAACCCUCUCCAGGCAAAACAGAAACAAAAUACAGAAGAGGCAUCUUGCACGGGUCUGCAGAGUGCUUCCGAGCCUCACAAGAAACGGAACCAGGUUCCCGUUAAAAAUGGGAAGCAAGUCAGUAAACAAAAUGGAGAAGCGCCCGGAAUAAUUUCCGACGCCUCUAAAUCCGACGAGCCUGUCUCCCCAAAGCAGCCCUUGUUUGUGCAGCAUACCGCCGAGCUGCGCAGAUGGAGGUCGGAAGGGGCCGCCCCGGCCAAGUUGAACUUCCCAGACGCAAAAGGUGACUCGAGUUCUUUGUCCAGUAAAGCAAGGACUGACAAUAGUGAAUGUAUCUCUUCCAGUUGUACUUCCACCUCCGCCUCCUACACGAACACCGCCUUUGAUGUCUUACUGAAAGCAAUGGAGCCAGAACUGAGCACCUUGUCACAAAAGGGCUCGUCUUGUGCAAUUAAGAUCGAAAAACUGAGACCAAAUAGAACUGUCCACUCGCCCACGAAUCUGAAAACCAGUCCCGCAGAGGCCCCGGCAUUUGCUGCCAGCGACCCCCCGCAGCCCUCCCCGUGCUGUGUGGCCUCCGAGGCCUCUACUGCGUACGGCCCCCCUGAGCACCCUGUUCCGCGGGCUGCCCAGCCCAGCCGGCAGCUUCCGGGGUGCCCGACUUUCACCAGGUCAGCCACGGGUCUGCACUCGCAAGAGCACGCCAAACUGGAAGCAGUGUGUAAUGUAGCCGUGCCACCACCUCCCAGUAGAACUCAGGUUAUUCCUCCAAACCAGCAAGGGGGCGCAGCUGCAGCCGUGCCAGUGAGCCUGACGCCCUCCGGACAGCCCCCCGCCACCCCGGGGGUGCAUCCCAGCGUCGAGCAAAUGUGCGAUCUCCUUCUGAAAGACCCGAAGCCCAAAAAGCAAGGGAAGUACAUCUGCGAGUACUGCAACCGAGCCUGCGCGAAGCCCAGCGUGCUCCUGAAGCACAUCCGCUCCCACACGGGGGAGCGGCCCUAUCCCUGCGUGACCUGUGGGUUUUCCUUUAAGACGAAGAGUAACCUGUACAAGCACAAAAAAUCCCACGCCCACACCAUCAAACUGGGGCUUGUCUUACAGCCAGACUCCAGUGGUUUGUUCACGUCACACGAGUCCCCCAAAGCACUUAGCGUCCAGUCAGACCUGGAAGACAGUGGCGAGAGUGACGAUGAGGGCACUGCCGAGGAAAGACACGACGACCUGGGCCCCAUGGGUCUGCAGUCUGUGCAAAUCAGGAACACGGAAGCCGCCUCUGUGUCGAGUACCGUUCCAUGCAACCCCGAUCCCAUGCUAGGGGACUUCUCACGACAGGAAAAACUGUCUGGCUUGCAAGCUCUCACCGAGUUACCCAAAGUUGUGGUCCACCCUGUGGGCGUAUCCCCUUUAAGCGCGGGUAGUCCAAAGUCAGAGGUCAUCUCUGAGCUUUCCAGUGCCCAGAAGCAGAAGGACCUCAUGGUGGCCAAGGGGCUGUCGAAUUCAGCUUGUGUACCCUCCCUAGAGUCAGAUGAGCAGGCCCCUCAGAAAAGGGACCUGAGCCAUUCAGAAGGAAAACAAGAAUCUCAUGCAGGGACAGUGCACGCCCAGCUACAAAGGCAGCAGGCUACAGAUUUCUCCCAGGAGCAACAAGUAAAGCUGCUUCUGAGUCCCCGAAGCCUAGGAAGUACGGAUUCGGGGUACUUCUCGCGCUCUGAAAGUGCCGAUCAGACAGUGAGUCCACCAACUCCCUUUGCCAGAGCGUUACCCACCACCGAGUCAGACCCGAAUAAGCCGAACGGACCCUCUGCCUCUCGUGUCAGUACACUCGCUCCCGCUGCUCCACCAACAAGCGAGAAAGCCUUGCUUUCACCAGGCCAGAUGCGACCACCUUUGGCAACGAAAACCCUUGAAGAACGGAUAUCAAAGCUCAUCUCAGACAACGAAGCCCUGGUUGAUGACAAGCAGUUGGAUAGUGUAAAACCACGGAGAACAUCCCUCUCGCGCCGGGGAAGCAUCGACUCCCCCAAAUCAUACAUAUUUAAAGAUUCUUUCCAGUUUGAUUUGAAGCCCAUGGGACGGAGAACAAGCUCGAGCUCAGAUAUACCAAAGUCCCCUUUUACCCCAACUGAGAAGUCAAAACAGGUUUUCCUUCUGUCUGUACCUUCCCUUGACUGUUUGCCUAUUACUAGAAGUAACUCUAUGCCCACCACGGGCUGCUCUGCAGUACCUGCAAAUCUAAUACCUCCCCCUCACCCAAUAAGAGGAAGUCAAUCAUUUGAUGACAAGAUUGGCUCUUUGUACGAUGAUGUCUUCGUUUCAGGGCCCAACACAUCCGUGCCCCAAAGCGGACAUCCCCGUACACUGGUGAGGCAAGCAGCAAUCGAAGACUCUUCCACAAGUGAAAAUCAUGUGCUUGGUACUGGGCAGCCUGUGGAAGAGAGCCACCAAGGGUUUAACGCAUGCAGUGAAACGGUAUCGGCCAGGAACAAGUCCCUGGUACAGGGAUCAAAUCUGGAGAAGAAAAAGUCCCACCAAGGGCGGGGGACAAUGUUUGAGUGUGAAACCUGUAGAAACAGGUAUCGGAAACUGGAAAAUUUUGAAAACCAUAAGAAAUUUUACUGCUCAGAGUUACACGGGCCAAAAACAAAGGUCACCCUGCGAGAACCGGAACACAGUCCCAUGCCCAGCAGUACGCAGCCUCGGAUCCUGCACUAUAGAGUAGCUGCUUCCACGGGUGUCUGGGAACAGACCCCCCAGAUUCGAAAAAGGCGGAAAAUGAAGAGUGUCGGUGACGAUGACGAGCUUCAGCAAAAUGAAAGCGGGGCUCCGCUGAAAAGCCCAGGAGGCCUUCAGCUGCAGAAUGCGCCGGCCUCCACGUCCAGUGUGCCCACACAUCACGUUGCCAUAGCGAGUGACCAACAGCAGAGAAGCAUCCAGCUGCAAAGCUCACACAAUCAGCUUGUUGCCAGGGGCACCGACCAGACCACGGAUCCGAAGCUGGCCACCAUUGCGGAGCAGCAGAUAAGCUCCGCUACCCAGGAAAAGGCAGACCUGAAAAGGCACGGCACGGGAAUCUCUGUCAUACAGCACACAAACUCGCUGAGCAGGCCCAAUUCAUUCGACAAGCUUGAGUCUUUUGAGAGAGGCUCCCCGGGUGCCUUCCAGGAGCUGGGUCGGGCGGUGGCGGCUGCGACGGUGACAGCAGGAGGGAUGUCUCAGGACAGCAGCCACCCUUCCCCGAACCUCUCCCAUCCUCACCAGCCUGCGUUGCCAGACACACUCAGAGUCUCGGAGCUCUCACCAAGUUCCCGAAGGAUUCCCAGCGAAAGGCAUGUGUUAGGCCAGCCCUCCCGGCUCGUCCGGCAGCACAAUAUCCAAGUCCCGGAGAUCCUGGUCACAGAAGAGCCAGAUCGGGACGCGGAAGCCCAAGGCCACGAUCCAGAAAAAUCAGAAAAGUUCAGUUGGCCUCAGCGGAGUGAAACCUUGUCAAAAUUGCCGACGGAGAAACUGCCGCCCAAGAAGAAAAGACUCCGUCUGGCUGAGAUGGAGCACUCCUCCACCGAGUCGAGCUUUGAGUCCGCCCUGUCUAGGAGCCUGAGUCGGGAGAGUAGUCUGUCGCAGGCCUCAAGCUUCUCUGCUUCGCUAGACAUAGAGGAUCUUUCUAAAGCAGACUCUUCCCCCAACAUUGAAUUUCUAAAUAAAGCAGAGUUUUUGGUGAUUCCAGCCGGCCCCAAUACACUUAAUGUUCCUGCAGCUCACCAGGAAAUGAGGCGGGCCGCGUCAGAGCAGAUCAGUUGCAUGCAGACGUCCAUGGAGAUCUCUGAUUUCAGAAGCAAAUCAUUUGACUGCGGAAGCAUCGCUCCAUCUCAGGUGGUACCUCUGGUUGACCUACAGCCUCCAACACCCCCCUCUGUCAUGGGACCUACCAGACACGUGACCCUUUUAGAGAGAAGAAGAGGACCACUGAUACGGCAGAUAUCCUUAAAUAUAGCCCCAGAGAGUCACGUGCCUCCAGUGACCCCAUCGCCCUUCCAAACUAUUGCCCCUCCACCUGUAAACCCAGUGCCCUUCCAGGGGACUCAGGUCACUAGCAUGUCAAGAGUGGAGUUUCCGGCCAGUGCUUUGCACACCCAGGCCAAAGUUACCGAUCUGCAGACGGAAACUUUGAAGUCCAGCUCGACUAAAAGUUUUUCUCCUCAACAGCUUUUUGGUCUGAACUUAUUAAAUCAAGUGCACACAGUUCCCAGCCACCAAAAUGCACAGCCACCUCAGAGAGUCACUGUCCGGGCUGCCCAGCCGGAUGCCAGCCCCACCUUGUGUACAUCCUCUCAGAAUGAGGAGAGCUUUGCCCCAAAGUACCAACUUCAGUUUCAGGCUUUAGCUUCAAGCCAGUCUUACUCUUCUAACCCUGUACAUUCUUUGCCAAAUCAAGUUCUUUCAGAUCCCGUCAGUGCACACCAUCGCGUGGCUUCCCCCGCGUUACCAGCCAAGCCAGUAGAGGACACACCCGAUCCAUGUGCUCUGCCAGCAUCCAAGCGUGGGCCACUCGGCAGUCAGGUACAGAAGGCACCACCAUCGUUCAUGGUGCCCGUGCGUCUUCAGAGCAGUGUCCCAGCCUACUGUUUCCCCACAGUUACAUCUCUGCCACAAAUUCUUGUGACCCAGGAUCUCUCAAGUCAACCAAUUUGCCAGGCUCGUAAUGCUGUAGUGCCAAUGAGCAGAGAACCAAUUUCCAUGCCAAAACUGCAGAAAGAGCAACAGAAGACUUUGCCAAACCCAGAGAAAGAACUUGUUUGUGAGAACGUUUUUUCAGAACUAUGCCAAAAGUCUGCGCUGCCGGAAUCCUUGCCUGUAAGUCAGAAGUUGUCUAUUGGUAGACUUUCCCCUCAACAAGAAUCUUCGGCCUCAAGUAAAAGGAUGCUUUCCCCAGCAAACAGCUUAGACAUUGCCAUGGAAAAGCACCAGAAGCGAGUGAAGGAUGAAUAUGGGGCUGUUUGCUCCACAGACGUUAGACCCUCAGAGCUGUUGAGUCCCAGAGCGAAUGAAGCUAACAAACAGAAGAAGCCUGUCUUGGUGAGGCAGGUGUGUACCACAGAACCCCUGGAAGGAGUGAUUCUGGAACAGGGUGCUUUCUCCCAACCUGAAAUGAAGAAUGACUCAGCAGAUGUUUCACCAACUGCCAAGUCUCCCUCUAUAGACUCUGUCACCGAACCACAAGAAUUUGAAAACUGCAAAUCCUCCACAUCACUAACUCUCACAGUUAGAAAUUCACCAGUCUCUUCGGAAAUCACUCACACGUCUCCUUUGAAAAGUAUAGACAAUAACCAAGAAAGGAGGUCUCCAGCCGCGGUUAAGAAUCAAGGUGACAACACCCAAGACAUUAAAUCAGCAAGCACCCUUUCAGUGUUUAAUACCGGUGAGCCGCCGCAGCGGUCUUGUCCCAGUAAGACCACCACGAGCUUCACCUGGUGUUAUCUCCUAAGACAGAAGUCACUGCACUUGCCUCAGAAUGACCAGAAAACCUCCGCAUAUACUGAUUGGACAGUGAGCUCCAGCAAUCCAAAUCCACUCGGUCUACCUACAAAAGUUGCGCUUUCUCUCCUUAAUUCAAAACAGAAGACUGGAAAGGCCUUAUAUUGUCAAGCCGUAGCCAGUCACUCCAAAUUAGAUCUGUUGGUCUACUCAAGCAAGUGGAAAAGCAACUUAAACAAGAGAGCAUUAGGUAAUCAAAAGUCCACAGUAGGUGAAUUCAGCAAUAAAGAUGCCUCUGAAAUUAACAGUGAGCAAGAUAAAGAAAAUUCCUUAAUCAAAAGUGAACCACGAAGAAUUAAAAUAUUUGAUGGAGGAUAUAAAUCAAAUGAAGACUAUGUCUAUGUCCGAGGCAGGGGAAGAGGAAAGUACAUUUGCGAAGAAUGUGGAAUACGUUGUAAGAAGCCUAGUAUGUUAAAGAAACACAUACGAACCCAUACCGAUGUCCGCCCCUACCACUGCACUUACUGUAACUUCUCCUUUAAGACGAAAGGAAAUCUGACAAAACACAUGAAGUCCAAGGCACAUAGCAAGAAAUGUGUGGAUUUAGGCGUCUCAGUAGGUUUAAUAGAGGAACAAGAUACGGAAGAAGCAGCAGACGAAAAGCAGCGGUUCAGUCACGAACGGCCCGGGUACGAUAUCGAAGACUCGGAUGGCCCAGAUGAGGAUGACAACGAUGAAGACGACGACGAGGACAGCCAGGCUGAUUCCGUUCUGUCCGCAGCCCCCUCGGCGGCAGCCAGCCCGCAGCACCUGCCAUCCAGCAGCAGCCUACAGGACCCCACAAGUGCAGAUGAGGAGAGCAGGGUCCCCGAUUGCUUCUCCGGGGCCCACGAGGACCCGAUGGACGUUCUGCCCAGAGCACUGCUCACCAAGAUGACAGUGCUCAGCGCAGUGCCGUCAGCCUACAGUCAGCAGCCGCAGUCCCCCGGGAAGACCGGGCCGCAGGCUCCAAAAGAUGAAGAUGAGCUGCUCGCCGGUGCAGAGUCGUCUAGGUCACCCACAUCCCCGUGUCCCCAGAUGUCUGUGGACCACGCUGAGCCCGAGGCCGCCCUGCGGAGCUCUGCGGCAGGAAGAGCUUCCACACCGAAUGCCGUGUCUGUGAGACCUCCUCCUGCAGCCGAGCCCAGCCCUCUGCCAGCCUUGGUGGCUCCCUCAGGGGCCUUGCCGCAUCCUGACCCUCAAGAACGGAAGCCGCAAACAAGCCUACCCCCGCCUCCAGGCUGGCCUGCUCCCCAGACCCACCUGUUCAGCCACCUCCCUUUGCAUUCCCAGCAGCAGUCCCGGACACCUUACAAUAUGGUUCCCGUUGGGGGGAUCCAAGUGGUACCUACUGGCCUCACGUACUCUGCGUUUGUCCCAGUUCAAGCAGGGCCAAUGCAGCUCACAAUUCCUGCGGUCAGUGUCAUCCACCGGACUGUGGGCGCCCCCGGGGAUACGGUCACAGAAGUUUCUAGCACUACAAACCCUGCUGGAAUGGCUGACCUCAGCAAUGUUGUGCCAUGCAUCCCCAUUGGCCAAAUCCAGGUUCCGGGCCUGCAGAACCUCAGCACGCCUCGUUUGCCAUCCCUGCCCCGGCUCGGCAUGGAAGCUGUCAACAUUGUAGGCCUCACCAACACUAACAUGGCUCCGCAGGGCCACCCGCCGGGACUGGCACUGAAUGCUGUGGGCCUGCAGGUUUUAGCUGCAAACCCUCCCUCACAAAGCAGCCCCAGCCCUCAGCCACACAUUCCCAGUCUCCAGAUCGUGAACAUAGCGCUGCCUGCUCUGAUCCCCUCGGUGGGGCAAGUGACUGUUGACACCCAGGGUACUCCAGAAAGACCAGCAUGCCAGAACCACGCCCGCGCGACGACACCCACACCGGCCCCUGCAGCUGGUGCAAACCAGGGUAGCCGGGCCGAAUCUCCUCAGGGGUCACCUAGCAGCCAGCAAGAACAAGCAAAAACACCUGCUCCUGCCAGUGACCGGGCAAAGCCCGUUGGCACAAGUGAUGUGUGCCCAGAGAAGGCCCACCAUGUGACACCAGAGCAGGGACGCCCCUCCACAUCAGACCCUCUGCUGGACAUGCAUCCUGAAGGGCCCACCCAGCCCGCAGGCCCCCACACCCUGUCCCCACCCAGACGGGCACGCAGGCCCGCAGGCCCGCCCCGAAGGCAGCCCCCCGUGCAGUUCGACGACGCCGGCAGUGACGAAGAUGAUGAUGAGGGCAGGCUGAUCAUAGCGACAUAGUGGGUUUCAGUUUUUUAUGUUUUUGUUUUUAAAUAUAACACUUAAAAGGUUUUUUUUAAAACCCUCCUUUCCUUAAAGCACAUUUUUCUGACAUAAACUCAUUACUAAUCUUUGUGCAAUCAUGAACUUUUUGACCAAUAUAAUUGUUUUGUGUCUGCUCCAGCCAUUUUUGUACAUGUUGUAUAGACAAUUGUGCCUUUUAGGAGUUUUAUGUUUAGAAACUGUACAGAUUGUUGAAUAUCUAUAAAAUAUAUAUUAUAUAUAUAUAUUAAAACCAGGUAGUUAUUUGUGUUUAGUAAUAAAAAAGCUGUCAAAUAAAUCAAAUGAUUAAAUUAUAUGUUGCACUGUUAAAUAUAAAUUUCUAUGGCUGUGGGGCAGAGUUUCUGUGUACAAAUUCGUAUGUAAACUCCAUAUUUAUUGUAUUCAUAUUAGUCUUCGAAAAUGGGUCUCUCCUUGCGUAAGACAGUAACUUGACAUUCAGGCAGAUUUUCUGUGUUAUGAAAUGUUUCAGUAAAAGAUUGUUUACUGGCCUA